GUAAAUUCUAAUACAUUUUAGAUAAACAAAAGCAAUCAAAUAUAACAUAACUAUAAUAGUCAUGACCAAACUACGCAUUUGCUAUUUAGUUUCUGGUGUCAUUUGCAUCCUCUUCACCACCUUUAUGAUCACCUUAGUUCUUGCCCAAACCGUGUUCAAACCAAAACAUCCUAUACUACAAACCGUGUCUUCAACUGUCGAAGACGUAUCCACAUAUGUAUCACCAACAUUUGAUGUCCAGCUAAAUUUUACUCUCACACUUCAGAUGCUAAUGACGAAUCCCAACCUUGCAGAUUUUGAAUACAAGACGGUGGAGAACUUGGUUUAUUACAGAGAUAUUCUAGUGGGAAAUCUCACUCUUCCUUCGACUACACUCCCAGCCAAAGGCUCGGCGCUUUUGCCAUGUCCUCUAGUACUUCAGAUCGAUAAAUUUGUUGCAGAUUUAGGUGAUAUUUUGCAAGAUAUAUUGCAAAGAACAAUUGUGAUAGAGACCAAGGCAAAUAUGCCGGGGAAAAUCACAGUGUUGGGAAUCUUCAAGGCACAUUUAAAUACAGUAUCGCAUUGUAAACUUGUGCUUAGCCUUCCUUCAAUGGAAGUGGAGAUGCAGGUGUGUGAGCUUGACACUAAGCUAUAAAACGCUGAUGUUUUCUCAGGUGAACAUGUUGAAGGUUAGUAGGGAAGAGUUCCUCUUCAUGUAAUCAUAUUGUUUAUUUUUUCAUUUCAUUUUGAUCUUGAUGUUUGUUUAAGUUACUUCCACAUGAAUUCAAAGUGAUAAUAAGGAAAAGAAUGUGUAUGGUUAUCUCCCUGUGCAAAGAGAAAAAUCUAAACUUUUAAAGAAAGAAAUAAACAGUUUAAGUUGUAUAUUGGGUGAAUUGUGAAGUAACCAAAUGAUAGAAUAGUUAUAUGCAAUUAGCUGAGUAUACAUAUUACAUAAAAUUAUUAUGAAACGUUCAAAACAAUUUUAUCGAAUAUGUGAUUCAGAAAUUAGUGGGGAAAGAAAAGACAAGAUCAUUAUCCAAAAGACCAAAACAAAACAAAAAUGAUUUACAGACC